GUUCGUAUGUUCCUUGGAGACCUAGAACUAGAAAUACACUCGCAAGUUUUUACCUCAAAAAUGAAAGGCGAGUCGAAUGACCAGAGCCCAAAAUUCUUUAGGCCAAUUAAAGGCCCAAUCAUGAGAAAUUUCUCCAUUACCAAUUUGACCUUUACUUUUGUGUGAAAUAUCCAAGAAUGCCACUUCACCAUCGCCCCACCUCAAAAGGCACAUAAACCCCAGCAGGACUUUAGACCCGCCGGCCCUUCUAUUUUCAUUGCAACAAAAAGGCUCUGCUCCUUCUUCACUUAUUGAAAAAAAAAUAAAAAAGGAGAUUUUAAAAUAAAGGCUUGAAAUUUGGUAGCUUUUCUUUGGUUAAUUUUAAUGGCUAAAGGAGAUGAUGCAGUGAGAAGAAAGAAAAACAAGGCACAAAGAAAGAAGCUAAAUCGGAAAAAUGACUCUUCAAGUGUAUCAGCUCAAAUUGCCUCCAUUAUUGCUGCCAAAAAGCGUCGAAAAGCUGGUCAACGCCGCAUCUGUCAGGGGAUGUGUUUUAGCCUUCCUACUCCUGAUGAUCCUUUCAAUGAUAGACUUGAUAAAAAGGAUCUCAGUAGAAGGGAAACCAACAAAACUAUUCCUUCAAAACUGGAUCGGAAAAUCUCAACCAAGGGGAAGGACACUGUACCCACAAAUGGAUCAGUUCUUGGGGAUAAUGGGAAAGCAGAUAAUUUGGGAAAGAUAAGCGAAAAGGUAAUGGCUUUGAAGGAUGAACAUAAAAAAUCAGUUACAUUGAUUAGUAAUGUUGGGAAGACUAGACAUAUAAACUCAGGAAGAAUGGGGAUUCAGCCAGAUGGAGAGGUCAGUGUCCAUGGUCAUCAGGAACAAUCCUGUGAAAGUUCUGAUUGUCCAUCAAAGUAUCUUAUACUCUGCCUGAAGGCAAUAGAGGAUGCAUUGCAUCAUGAUGGUACCUACAAUGGCGAAAAGGACAAGCCUCUAUUUGUAAACACAUGGGGUAUUGAGUUCUGGAAAUGUUAUUCAGCUGGAAAAGAUAUACUUGAUACAAGUGGGUCAUCUUCUGAUGUAGAGCAAAUUGCAUGGGUAGUUUCAACUGCUGCUGAUGCUAUUUCAAGGCGAGAGAAAGAAGGUCUUUCAUUCACUAGUCCUUUCCUUCUAUUCCUUGUGUCAUCCAAAGAAAAAGCUCUCGAGGUACGUUCAUUCUGCAAGCCAUUGAAAGCUCAAGGCAUACAUACAGUAAGUUUACACCCGGGUGCUUCCAUAGACCAUCAGAUCAGUGGCCUGCAGAGCUGUGAACCUGAGUUUCUCAUUUCAACACCUGAGAGACUUUGGCAGCUAGUUUCUUUGAAGGCCAUAGAUAUAUCUGGGGUCUCAAUGCUGGUUAUUGAUGGUAUGGAGUCACUUUCUGGAGGUUGUUUUCUCAAAACCAUAAAGUCCAUCAAGCAGGCUAUUUCAGGAAAACCCCAUACUUUGGUAUUCAGCAAGUCCUUCAGUAAUGCUUCUAUUUCUGCUGUGCAAAAUCUGCUCAAGGGAUUAGUCUAUAGAUUAUCUCUCAAUGAUUCUGUUGCCAGUCAAAGUGCUUGCAUCAUCCAGUCUAUACAUGUGUGCUCCUCAAAGGAAGAAAAGAUAAGGAAGGGCAUUCAUGCUUUGGAAAAUGCUUAUUGCAAUUAUAUAAUACCACAAGCUUGGAAGGUGCUGUACAUAGUUGGAAAACACAAUGAUGUUCAAAAAUUAGUAUCAGCUGUCAAAUUCAAGGGAUAUUCGGUCUCAGCCAGCUCUUACUUGCAUAUUAUGGAGUUUGAAAACAGUCUGGAUUGCGGCAGCAGAAUGAGACCUUCAGUCUCCAUUAUUGAUAUUGAACACAUCAGUUCUACAGCUUUGGAACAGUAUGGUGUUGUAAUAAUUCCUGAUUUUGUUGUCUCAAUUGAUGAUUAUGUUCAAAUUCUCACGAGGAUGGCACGGCACACAGUCAAUGGUGUAUUGCAUAGCUUUUUAACUAAAGAAGAUGCGCAGCAUGCUAGGCCAUUGAUUGAUAUCCUUGAGCAAUGUGGGCAGACAGUGCCUGAAGCCCUAAGAAACUUGUGUUAUGUGGAUCAGCCAUGUUAGAAUCCUUGAAAAGAUAUAACUUGUCCCAUUCUUUCUAGAUCCUCUAAUCUCUUUGCUGGAAAUAUUAUUAGGUGAACUGUUGCAAUCUUACAUUUCACCUGCAGUUUUGCUAAUACAGCACUGAGAGUAAGAUUUCUGUUUAAAUAUUAUUAUUUAUAGGAAAAUUCUCUCUUAGGCAUUGUUUUGUAU